UCUCUGCUGUUUCCAGCGGGUCGUUAGACUCGGUUCCAUCAUGUUCUCCUGGACGGUUCUCUUGUGUCUGAUCUGCAGGAUCCAGUGUGGUCCAGCUGGUGAAUGGGGGGUUGGAGAUUAUUUACAAGGCUGAUUAGCUGUAAGGAGAUUAAAGUGCAGGACAGUAAGUUACAGGCACCUGAAAACUCCUCUUCUCUGCCCCAAUAUCUGCUGCACGGCUCAAACUGUCAGUAGCCGCCGGACGACAGGAGGUCGGAGCAACGACGGACGAGCAGAUGGAGUGACGCGUCCUGAAGUCCUGAAGGUAAUGUCCUGUGGAUUUAAGUGAAAGCUGAUUCGACGAGUGGCUCUAAUGUUGGACGUUCAGUGAUUCUUUUGACUCGUAUAUUUGAUUGAAUCUGACGACUCUAAACUCAGCGUGAACUGAGCACGCUCACAAACCACAGUCUGUGUUGUGGCCUGUUCAAUUGUGACUGGACACAAGUUUCGGAGUGAACUGUCUGAGGCGUUGUCGAUUGUUCAGUAAAUUAUGUGUGAAGCUUUGACCUUCUUCCUUCUCCGCAGCCAUGAGACUAACCCUAACCUACAGUCAACGUCCUAAAAUACCCCAUUAAGCUCCUUACGAUGCCGCGCAGAGCUGUCAGCGGUCUUCACCCAGAGGUCCACACUGACCGUGACCUCUGACCUCCGAGCCUCCUACACCCCUGUGGACUGGAUGUGAGGACUUCACCUCGACGGGACAACGGAUCUACGGGUCACUGACAGAAUCCUGAGUUUACAGACACAAGCACCAGAACCGAACCUUUAAACUCCGCUCAUGUUGUGAUGCAUCUUUAUUUUCAUCAUCUUCAUCAUAACAACACAUCACUCAAAUGUGAGAGAUGAACAACCAACUUAUGUUUAUGGAAUGCUGGGAUGUUGACGUCUGAAAAAUACCUCACUUGUCUCCACAGACAGAUAGAGGUCGUAUAGAAAAUAUGUUUUUCUUAGGAUUUUACAUCUUUGACACCAUAGAUUUCUUAUGCAGCACCUAGUGCUUGUAAGUGGAGCUGCACCUUAAGGCACUCAGUUUUUCACAAUGAUUGUGAGCACUUGGACGUGAUAAAAUAAAAGCAGAGGACUGACAUGGCUGUCGGUAAAGUGACCUUCACCAAGGUGGAGAGAGAGAAGCUAGCCGAGGUCCUCUGGCUGCUCAACUGGAUCUCUGUGGUGACGGGGGUCAUCCUCUUUGGCCUCGGCUUAUUCCUCAAAAUUGAGAUUCAGAAAUGGCAAGAAGUGAUGUCAGAGCACGGGAUCCUCUACGUGCCACAUAUGCUGAUCACCACAGGCCUGGCGGCCGGCUGCAUCAACUUCCUUGGGGGGAAGAUUUGCCUGGACUGCGCCGACACCAACAAGUUCCUACGCUGGAAGCUGGUGAUGAUGCCGUACGUCAUCUGCACUUUCUUCUUCACCUCCUGCGUCCUGGCAGGGGCGCUCAUGUGCUACAGCAUUCGUGGUCAGCUGGAGGAGUCUCUGUUCCUAGGCUUAAGGAACGCCAUGCGGUACUAUAAGGACACGGACACGCCUGGCCGCUGCUACCUGAAGAGGACUCUGGACCUGCUGCAGAUCCAGUUCCACUGCUGCGGGAACACCGGGUACCGGGACUGGUUCCAGGUCCAGUGGAUCAGCAACCGGUACCUGGACAUGAGUAGCAGAGCUGUGGAAGACCGUCUGAGGAGUAACGUGGAGGGGAAGUACCUGAUGGACAGCGUCCCCUUUAGCUGCUGCAGCACCUUCUCCCCUCGACCCUGCAUCCAGCAGCAAGUCAGCAACAGCUCGGCCCAUUUCAACUACGACCUGCAGAGCCAGCAGCGGAACCUGUGGAGGAGAGGCUGCCGACAGGCGCUGCUCGACCAUUACACGGGCAUCAUGCAGUCCAUUGGCCUCACCGUCCUCCUCAUCUGGUUAUUUGAGCUGGUGGUUCUGACCGGAGUGCGUUACCUGCAGACGGCCAUGGAGAACGUCCUGCAGCUGGGUGAUCCUGAUUCAGAGUCGGAUGGUUGGAUUCUGGAGAACAGCCUCGCAGAAACAGCUCGGUCCAACUUCAACAUCAUCAAGAACCUGGGGAAGUGUUACCAGGCCGACGACGACCCGAAUAUCAAUGUCCCGACUGCUGCUGUCGACCAGGAAGUGCCAUCGCAGCACAUGCAGAUCCCGACGACCAGCUGACCCCUACCAGGGGUCACCGAAUGUCGAGUUCAAAACCUCUGAAUCAACAGUGAUUCAUCAUCAGUAACAAAACUGUUUUUCUGACAUUUUCAAUUUAAAAAGAAAAACAGGAAACAAAACAACCUUAAAAUCCAACAACAAAGAAAUCCUCUUUUCUGCGCUGUGAUUGGGUCGUUACACAGCUGGACUGUGACAUCACUCACCAGAGAACUGAUGGUUUCCAGCAGGGAGCUGCUGGUCCUUUGUACGGUGGCCUUAACAGGACAAUUCCAGAAAUAUGAACUGACCAAAGCAAGAAUGAUUUUUUAUUGUGAGGACGUCAAUGAGAAUAUUUCUGUAACUUAUUAAUAAGGUGUCACACCUACACAUUAAAAUGUCAAACUGAUGGUGGCCCUAGACGAAAUUCACCAAAGUGUUUGCGAUUCAUCCUGAGGGGACCAUGAUGAUGACAUCACAAGUAAAAACAGUUUAAUUUCUUCUCUCUGUAAAAACUCGAGGCCUUCGUCCGUUUUUUCCAUCUCCAUUGUUUCUUUGGUUCCGACACUGUAAAUGUUUUUAUCUCAAAACUUCUAACAGAAGAACCGCUUCUUCUUCUUCUUCUUCUUCUUCUUCUUCUUCUUCUUCUUCUUCUUCUUCUUCUUCUUCUUCUUGUUUAUUCGGUUUAUUGGCAGGUGGCCAACGUCAAGGUCCUUCUUACAGAUCAUAGAACAUAGAACAUAGCACGCAGAACACAGAACACAGAUCAUAAAACAUAGAGCACAGAACACAGAUCAUAGCUAAAUCUGGUGAAACUGUUUGAUGACGACAGAAUUUCUGUUUAUGAAUCUUCAUUAAAUAAACAACCUGUUUUAAUUGUGUGUGUUUACAUAUAUAGCAUUGUUAAUGUUUUAUUUCCUCAAAUGUUUCACAUGUUAACACAGAAAACGUGAUUGUACGGAUCUUGACCAGAGGAUCAGAGUCACUGUCUGUCUCACCUGUCUCAGGUUGUUUUCUGUCCAUCUUUUAAUCCCCUAGAUUGUUUGUCUCCUCUGGUGGUUGGUUAAAGAACUGCAACUUCACCAGCAGCCAAUCAGAGAUAGGUUGACGGCUGCCAUGGUGACAGCCACGUGAUGCCCCCGUUGACCCCUCCUCCCUCCCUCACUCCUCUUUUGUCUCUCUCCUUCACUUUUUUACUUCUUUCAUUACUUUUCUUCAUUUCCUGUCUUCCUGCUCUUUCUUUCUGUCUUUCUCUUGUCUCCUUCUUUUCUUUUCCUUAUCUCCAUCAUCCAAUCUUUUCCUCCCUGACCUCUCUCUCCGUCCUCCUCUCUUUUCUCAUGAAUUGUUUCUUUCCUCCCUGGUUUACUUUCUCUUGUCUCUCAUCCCUCUUUUCUUCACAUUCUUAUGUUUUCUGUCCUUCUCUAUUCGUCCUUCCCUCCUUCCUUCCUGUCCUUUAUCACUCAUUGUUUCCUCACACUGUUAAUUCAGGCACUUGUAGUGACGUCACAGAGGUGGGGGCGGGGCCUGAUGUGGAUCAAUAAUCUUGUUGGUUGCCAUGGUGAUGGGAAUUAAACUAAUUUGUUUCUGAA